AUGUCUGGAGCGGUGACCCUCGCCACCGGCACGCCCUCCCCGAAGCAGCCCGCGCGCGACGCCCCGCAACAACGAGUCGAAUUCGACUACGAGUUCGAAUCCUCACCAGCUCACGAACCCCAGGAAUCCGCCAGCCAUUAUGACACCUACAUCCAGGACGUACAAGCCGCUGCUACUGGCAAGAAGGGUUUCAGUCAAGGCAGUGGGUUGAGGUCCAUAGCUGUUGGUUCAGCGAAUCAAGCGAAGACAGCGCUAGGCAACCAAAACGCUGCAGCGCAUCAAGCGGCGUACGUAGCUAAGAACACGCUAGCGCAAUCCGCUGCGCAGUCGAGCGCUACAGCGCAGGCGGCGCUGGCGGGCAAGCAGGUGAUCCUGUCGGGGCUGGAGCAGCAGGUCCGGGACGCGAAGGUCGGGCUCCAGGGGGAGGAGAUGCAGCUGCAGCAGGCCAAGAGAGCGGCGCAGGCGGCGGCCAAUGCUGCGCAGCAGGCUAUGCAUCAGGUGAACGUGAUCCAAGCGGCCCUAAACGCCGCACAAGCCACCUCCGAGAACGCCAACGAGGCAGCAUCCCAGGCGGCGGGCGAGCUGGGCGCGCAGACCGCCAUGGUGGGCGCGGCGCGGCAGCGGCUGCACGCGCUGCAGGAGCAGCUGCACGGGGUGCGCCUGGACUUCGAGGCCACGCAGGCCGCGGCUAGGAAGGCACAGACGGCAGCACAACAGGCUCAAGCGAACGCAGCACAGGCGGCGGCCAAAGCAGCAGCGGCGGGCCUCUCCGCCGGUGGCAGCCACGACUCCUCACAGGAAGGUACGAUCUACGAGGAAUAUGCUGCAUCAGCUCCGCAGCCCGCCACGGCAUCGGCAGCCAAAACCACCAAGCAAACGAAACACCAGAAACUGCCCCCCAUUCCCGUGCCUGUUGAAGGGUUCUCGUGGGAACAGUCGAACUUCAAACACUAGUAACGGUUUAGGUUAGGCGUAGAUGCUCUCGGGUUUUUCAGUGGCCGCCAUUUUGUUUU